CCAGCCCUCCCCUCCCCUCCUCCUCCUCCUUCUUCGCCGCCGCCCUCCCUUCCUCGCGCUGCUCGGAUCGCUCGCUCAGCUCAGCGCAGCGCAGCUCGGCAGCAGCCUAGCCAAGGCGGCACAGUCUCAGUCCCCAGUGCCGGCUCCGGGCUCCUGCUCUCCGCCGGAGCUGCUCCGGGUCUCGCCUCCGCAGGGACCCCUUCGGGCAGCAGUCGCGUGGCAAGGGCCAGCGGCAGUGGAACAAAGUUGGGGGCCCGCGAGGAUGAGGCUGUCCCUGGAGCCACUGAGGUUGAGCUGGAGUCCAGCGCUGCUGGCCCUGGCGCUGCCCCUGGCCGUGGCGCUGGCCUUCUCCGACGAGACCCUGGACAAAGUGCCCAAGUCAGAGGGCUACUGCAGCCGCAUUCUGCGCGCCCAGGGCACGCGGCGCGAGGGCUACACCGAGUUCAGCCUCCGCGUGGAGGGCGACCCCGACUUCUACAAGCCAGGAACCAGCUACCGAGUGACACUUUCGGCUGCUCCUCCUUCCUACUUCAGAGGAUUCACGUUAAUCGCCCUUAAAGAGAACAGAGAGGGUGAUAAGGAAGAAGACCAUGCUGGAAGCUUCCAGAUCAUAGACGAAGAAGAAACACAGUUUAUGAGUAACUGCCCUGUGGCUGUCACGGAGAGCACCCCCCGGAGGCGGACCCGGAUCCAGGUGUUUUGGAUCGCUCCACCAGCGGGAACUGGCUGUGUGAUUCUCAAAGCCAGCAUUGUGCAGAAGCGAAUCAUUUAUUUUCAAGACGAGGGCUCUCUGACCAAGAAACUUUGUGAACAAGAUCCUACCUUAGACGGGGUGACUGACAAGCCAAUCUUAGACUGUUGUGCUUGCGGAACUGCUAAGUACAGGCUCACAUUUUAUGGGAACUGGUCUGAGAAGAUGCACCCAAAGGAUUACCCUCGUCGUGCCAAUCACUGGUCAGCAAUCAUUGGUGGAUCCCACUCAAAGAAUUACGUGCUCUGGGAGUACGGAGGGUACGCAAGUGAAGGUGUCAAGCAAGUUGCAGAACUGGGCUCGCCAGUGAAAAUGGAGGAAGAAAUUCGACAGCAGAGUGAUGAGGUCCUCACCGUCAUCAAAGCCAAGGCCCAGUGGCCAGCCUGGCAGCCUCUCAAUGUGAGAGCAGCCCCUUCUGCUGAAUUUUCCGUGGACAGGACGCGCCAUUUGAUGUCCUUCCUGACAAUGAUGGGCCCCAGUCCCGACUGGAAUGUGGGCUUGUCGGCAGAGGAUCUGUGCACCAAGGAAUGUGGCUGGGUCCAGAAGGUUGUGCAAGACCUGAUUCCCUGGGAUGCUGGCACUGACAGCGGGGUGACCUACGAGUCUCCCAACAAACCCACAAUCCCUCAGGAGAAAAUCCGACCCCUGACCAGUCUGGACCACCCCCAGAGUCCUUUCUACGACCCAGAGGGUGGAUCUAUCACUCAAGUAGCCAGAGUUGUCAUCGAGAGAAUUGCUCGGAAGGGAGAACAAUGCAAUAUUGUACCCGACAAUAUUGAUGAUAUUGUAGCUGACCUGGCUCCAGAAGAAAAAGAUGAAGAUGACACCCCCGAAACGUGCAUCUACUCCAACUGGUCCCCGUGGUCCGCCUGCAGCUCCUCCACCUGCGACAAGGGCAAGAGGAUGCGGCAGCGCAUGCUGAAGGCACAGCUGGACCUCAGUGUCCCCUGCCCUGACACCCAGGACUUCCAGCCCUGCAUGGGCCCCGGCUGCAGCGACGAAGACGGCUCCACCUGUACCAUGUCCGAGUGGAUCACCUGGUCGCCCUGCAGCAUCUCCUGCGGCACCGGCAUGCGGUCCCGGGAGAGGUACGUGAAGCAGUUCCCGGAGGACGGCUCUGUGUGCACGCUGCCCACCGAGGAGACAGAGAAGUGCACGGUCAACGAGGAGUGCUCUCCCAGCAGCUGCCUGAUGACCGAGUGGGGCGAGUGGGACGAGUGCAGCGCCACCUGCGGGAUGGGCAUGAAGAAGCGGCAUCGCAUGGUCAAGAUGAGCCCAGCAGACGGCUCCAUGUGCAAGGCCGAGACGUCCCAAGCUGAGAAGUGCAUGAUGCCAGAGUGCCACACCAUCCCAUGCUUGCUGUCCCCAUGGUCUGAGUGGAGCGACUGCAGUGUGACCUGUGGGAAGGGCAUGCGGACCCGCCAGCGGAUGCUCAAGUCUCUGGCUGAACUCGGAGACUGUAAUGAGGAGAUGGAGCAGGUGGAAAAGUGCAUGCUGCCUGAAUGCCCCAUUGACUGUGAGCUCAGCGAGUGGUCCCAGUGGUCAGAGUGUAACAAAUCGUGCGGGAAAGGCCACAUGAUCCGAACACGCAUGAUCCAGAUGGAGCCGCAGUUCGGAGGCGCCCCGUGCCCAGAGACCGUGCAGCGCAAGAAGUGCCGGGUGCGUAAGUGCCUUCGGAACCCAUCGGUCCAGAAGCUGCGCUGGAGGGAGGCCCGGGAGAGCCGGAGGAGCGAGCAGCUGAGGGAAGACGCCGAUGGGGAGCAGUUUCCAGGCUGCAGGAUGCGCCCAUGGACAGCCUGGUCAGAAUGCACCAAACUGUGCGGAGGCGGGAUCCAAGAACGUUACAUGACGGUCAAGAAGAGGUUCAAAAGCUCCCAGUUCACAAGCUGCAAAGACAAGAAGGAGAUCAGAGCGUGCAACGUCCACCCUUGUUAGCCAGGGCACAGCUCUCCAGGGAUGCACUCUGGAUUCCAGAGUCACCAAUGGCUGGAUUGUGUUUGCUUGUUUGUUUAAGGAAAUUUAAAUUGUGUACAGUAGUUUUCAUUUCUGCAGUAUGGUUCACCCAAUAGUCUUGCAGAUGCAAAGGGCACCCUUUCUGAAUACUCCUUGGUGGGUGCAGGGUGCGUGGGGCUCCCUCAUCCUCAGCUGGCC